UCCUUUAUAUAUUAAUAUAAAAAAUAUGUACUUUCUUGCCCUCGUUUCUUUUGUCCCUCUGUCGCGCCGUACACACGUCGUUGACCUUCUGCUGGUGAGAUUCAUGUUUUUAUGGAAGUUGUUGGGACCGACCUUCAAAUAACCUAAUGGUCACAUGAACUGAGAAACAACGAAAGAAGCUCCCUUUUCACGACAUGUUCCGACGAAGGAUCCCAUUGAACGAAAUAGCGUUGGCAACACUGCUUGGAGUUGCUGGAGGCAUAUAUGUAUACAAACCAAUGUUUGGACUCCCGAAGAAACCUCAGACUGCGGAACUGCAGGAAGUCACGAAGCAAGAGAAUGGAAUACCUGACAAACCCUCCGGACAUUCAAUAGACACGUCCUAAUAAUGUUAGAGACAAUAUCAGCUGACAUUAUUUCUAAAAUGUUCUGUGACGUUAUGCCUUAAAUAAAGAUGAGUGCUGCAUGGACGGUGA